AUGGCGCCACGCAAGAAGACUGAAGAGAAGGCUUCGGCUAAUGAGGCUUCGGAUCUCGUUUUGCACUAUCUCCUCAAGCAAAACCGUCCUUACUCUGCAAUCGACGUCUCUGCCAACCUGCACAACAAGGUCACGAAGACUGCGGCGGCCAAGAUUUUGAAGGAUUUGCAUGAGCAGAGGCGGAUUGAGGGGCGGGCGGCUGGGAAGCAGAUUGUUUAUCAUGCUGUUCAGGACGCAAACAACACCUGCACAACCGACCAACUCGCUGCUCUAGACGCCCAAAUCGCCUCUCUGCGCACCGACACUGCAACUCUCCACGCCACCGCCAAAGCCAUGCGCUCCACGCUUUCCAAUCUCAACUCCACCCUCCGCACCGCUGACUUGCUCGAAGCUGUGGCUGCCCUCGAGGCGGAAAAGGUGCAACUUACGGCGCGCCUGGGGGCGCUCAGGGCGGGGAAAGCGAAGAUGGUGACGCCCGAGGAGCGCGAGGAGGUCGAGAGGGAAUGGAGCCGGUUUGGGGCGCUGGCGAGGAAGAGGGGCGGGAUCGCGAGGGAUAUGUGGAGAUUUAUUGCGGAUCAGGUGCCGGAUGCGGAGAAGAGGGAGGAGUUGAGGGAGGCGUUUGAUUUGGAUGGGUAA